GACCAAUUCAAAGGAAUGAUUAAUAAUUGUAUACAGUCACAAGCCUUGCCAGGUAGCUCCGAUGAACUUUGCAGUGAUACCAGCACUUUACCUCAGACUAGUGCUCCUGUCUGUGAUGAACUUGCGGAGGUAAAAGAGGCAAUUGUUAGUAAUAUGGCUAAUAACCAAAAGGAAGCAGUUUUUCAGUAUUCAGAUGCAGGCGAAACCAGCUGCAAGUUACUAACUGCACAAAAUAUAAUGGAGGACCCUAGCAGUUCACAAAGAAAAGAUUCCAGUCCAGUGGUGAUCUGCCAAUUGAAAGGAGGCACUCAAAUACUCUAUAUAAACAGUUCUGGCACAAGAGAACUGAAAACAGUUCAUCUGGUUCCCCAGUAUCAAAACCAAGAUAAUGAUCUUCAGUCAGAUGUGCCUAACCCUAUGACAGCUCUGCUGGGACAGUUUUUGCCAAUUCCAGGUAAAGUGGAUCUCAAUGAACAACAGCUUGAGAAUGGAUCUUUACAAUCAGUAGCUAGCAGUGCCACAUUCCAAUCAGAAGUAAAUCUUCAAGGGCCAACAAAAAUGACUUUAGUUGGAUUGCCUCUUAGUUCAUGGGAUACAAAGUCUAAAAAACCAUGUAACUGUACCAAAUCUCAGUGUUUGAAAUUAUAUUGUGACUGCUUUGCCAAUGGUGAUUUUUGCAACAACUGCAACUGUAAUAAUUGUUACAACAACCCACUUCAUGAAACUGAGCGGUUUAAAGCUAUUAAGGCUUGUCUUGAUAGAAACCCAGAAGCUUUCCUACCAAAGAUUGGGAAAGGGAAACUGGGGGAUAUUAAACCUCGCCACAACAAAGGAUGUAAUUGCAAGCGCUCAGGGUGCCUUAAGAAUUAUUGUGAGUGCUUUGAGGCAAAAAUUAUGUGUUCCUCUAUUUGCAAAUGCAUUGGCUGCAAAAAUUAUGAAGAAAGCCCAGACCGAAAAACACUAAUGAACAUGCCCAACUACACGGAGAUUAGAAAUAAUGAAGAAAACAUCCUUGUUUCAACAUCAACAUUUGAAAUGUUACCAAAAUCUAGAAGAGACAGGCAACCUACUACAUGUAUAUCCUGGGAAGUGGUUGAAGCAACAUGUGCUUGUCUCCUGGCACAAGCUGAAGAGGCAGAAAAAGAAACUUACUCUAUUUGUCUAGCAGAACAAAUGAUCUUGGAAGAGUUUGGGAGAUGCUUGUCACAGAUUCUGCAUUCAGAAUUUAAGUCCAAAGGGCUGACAGUUGAGUAAUGUACAGUGUAUUCUAAAACUAAUGAGUGUUCACUUUAUUGAGCAUCACUAUAUUCUGAGUACUGUUAUUACUCAGUGGCUUGAUUUUGAUCUCACACUGAUUUAACUUCAUUGAUUUUAACUCAGUUGAUUCUGAAUUACAAUGGUUUAAGUGAGAUCAGAAUCAGGACCAAAACAUUUAAAGAGUCACCUAGAAUAUUUUAUUUAUGUUAAAUGAUUUUCCAUAAAACAACAUCAUUGCUUUGGGCCAAAUUCUGAAGUAUAAUUUACAUGGCUUUGAUAGGAGUUUACCUAAAUAAGGUAUUUAAAUCAAUAAUUUUAGGAUUAGGCUCCAAAAGAGGCUUGAUUUAGGAUUAGGCCCCUUUAGUACUAUGAAAGCACUUAGUAAAAUCAGAAGAAUAGAGAGCUACUUUAUAAUUUGUAAUAUACAACUUUUGGUAUUUUCUCCACUUUUCCAGUUUGGGGAAAAAAUUAAACAUUAAAACCAAGAUUUUUAGAUAUGGCCUUCAUUUUUGCAGUUGCAAUUUUGCUCCCACAAAUCCAAUAGUUAGAUGUGAAUGAUUGAUAUUUAUAUGUGCAGUUCACUACAGCUGCCCAAAAACACCUGCAGAAAUGGAGAUUGGAUGGAGGCGCAGCUGUAAAGUAGGACCUCAAAGUUUUCUCUAGACCUAUCUCAACACCUGCUCUUCCAAUUACAAUGAAUAGAGCUGCACUACUUUAAAAAGGCUUAAACAGUCACUGCCCAUUUUUGUGGGAGUUUUGUGAACAUUUGGUUUUGGUCCAUAUAUACUGUACCUGUCAAUAUUCAAUCUACCUGCAGAUAACUGUAUUUUGAAGGUGUUCACAUUUCUGAAUUCUCACUUAGGUCCAUCUUUAUUCACACAAUAAAUAUUUAAUCAAUUUAUUUCCAAGUUUUAUAUGUUAUCACAAAUACUAAUGUUUUAAAAACCCUUCCACACUGCUCUAUACUGGAGUUUGAUGUCACAGAGCAAUGUUUUUAUUUCAUUUGUUUUUUCCUGUUUCUCAUAGUAUUCUUCCACUAUGUCCCUGGUCCAGCAAAGUAUUUAAAUAUGGGCUUAAAUUUAAUCACCUGGGUAAUCCCAUCGCCUUCUACAAGGACUAUUCAGGUGAAUAAAAUUAGGCAAGUUAAGUGCUUUGCUGGAUGGCAGCCUAAAUCUUCUUUCCAAUGUCAUUGUUUUUAUUUAAUAGAACUUUG